AUGCCGGACAUGGCUGUGUCAGCGGUAGCUGCUUGGUCCUGGAGCAUGGGCACCACAGAAUUGCUCUGGAUCUGGACAGAGAUGGGCUUGGGCGAGAGGGGACUCAGACUGGCGGCGGCCACAAUUUCGGGCGACUGUUCCGACAUCAAGGGGGAUGCGGGAUGCGGGAUGCGGACAGACGUGAGAGGUGGAGUUGCAAGCGCAAGGCUGAGAGGAGAUAAAACAUAUUCUUAUUUGCAGGAGGAAGAAAAUUCUCGAUCACAAGCCCCACCUGAGCUUAGGGUUGCUUGGCGUGACCUGCCGUUCAGGGUUGAAGUGGGAGUGGGGUUCUUCAGCACAACAACGACCAAUGAAUGGAUUGUCUUCCAUUGUUUGCAUUCCUCAAUCAAUAACAACAGCAUCCAUCAAAGAAUGUCGCUGCUUCGUAGACCUCAGCCAUUAAACCUCCUGUUUUCAGGAAGUCGCUGGGUGUCAGUACCACCAUUCCCGCGAUUCAUUAGACACCAGGCCUUCGACGCAUCUUUUGACGAAGAGCAGCUUAGUGAAGCCCGGAGAUGGCACCAGUCAUUCAAGAUUGACAGUCUUCCAGAAGGCAACACAUCGUUUGCCCGCUCAUCCGGUCCUGGCGGCCAACAUGUGAAUAAGUUUGUGCAUCUGCCACCGCUUGUUGACUGUCUGGGCAGGACGGAAACUAAAGCAACUACCACAUGGCCUGUUCCACAGCUACUAUCCAGACUCCCCAAACUGCUACAUGCUGGUGUUAGGGAAUCGAAAUACUUUUCCAAGCGGAGUGACUCUCUGGUUUUCCAGGCCCAGACCCAGAGAAGCCGCACUGCCAACUCGGAAGAAAACCGACAGAAGCUGUUUGACGAGCUCCAGCAGCUGUAUGAAGCCACCGUGCCAAACGCAACACGGCCAGAAAAAGCUGCCAAAUAUGAAGCACUGAAGAAGAGCGCCACAGAGACCAGGAUAAAAACCAAAAAGCACCAUUCUUCCAAAAAGGCCUACCGGAAGGGGGCUUCAGAAUGA